AAUCUUUUUUCUCUCUUUUACAGAUCCUUACCUUGUUGUAACAACUGAGAAACAACCAUGGGUAAAGGAGAAAAAGUUCACAUUAAUAUCGUGGUCAUUGGCCAUGUCGACUCUGGAAAGUCGACAAGUACCGGUCACAUGAUCUACAAAUGUGGUGGUAUCGACAAGAGAACCAUUGAGAAGUUCGAGAAGGAAGCCCAGGAGAUGGGAAAGGGCUCCUUCAAGUAUGCCUGGGUAUUGGACAAACUGAAGGCUGAGCGUGAACGUGGAAUCACCAUUGAUAUUGCUUUGUGGAAGUUCGAGACCACUCAAUAUGUUGUUACCAUUAUUGAUGCUCCAGGACACAGAGAUUUCAUCAAAAACAUGAUCACUGGAACUUCCCAGGCCGAUUGUGCUGUACUUAUCAUUGCUGCUGGUACUGGAGAGUUUGAAGCUGGUAUUUCCAAGAAUGGUCAGACCCGUGAGCAUGCUCUGCUUGCUUACACACUUGGAGUGAAGCAAAUGAUUGUUGCCAUCAACAAGAUGGACAGUACAGAGCCACCCUACAGCGAGGCUCGUUACCAGGAAAUCACAAAGGAAGUAACUGCCUACAUCAAGAAGGUUGGUUACAACCCCAAAACUGUAGCUUUCAUUCCCAUUUCCGGCUGGCACGGUGACAACAUGAUCGAGCCCACCGAGAAAAUGACUUGGUACAAGGGAUGGGCCAUUGAAAGGAAAGAGGGCAAUGCCAGUGGCAAGACCCUGCUGGAAGCUAUUGACAGCAUCACUGCUCCAUCUCGUCCUUCAAAUAAACCUCUUCGACUCCCUCUCCAGGAUGUCUACAAGAUUGGAGGUAUUGGAACUGUGCCAGUGGGCAGGGUAGAGACCGGAAUCAUCAAGCCUGGAAUGAUCGUCACCUUUGCCCCAUCUGCCCUGACAACUGAAGUAAAAUCUGUUGAGAUGCACCACGAAUCUAUGCCGGAAGCUCUUCCCGGAGACAAUGUUGGAUUCAACGUUAAGAACGUCUCUGUUAAAGAACUGAAGAGAGGAAACGUUGCUGGAGACAGCAAAAAUGAUCCCCCAGCUGGUGUUGAAUAUUUCAAUGCUCAGGUCAUUGUCCUGAACCACCCUGGAGAGAUCCACGCUGGAUACACCCCAGUCCUCGACUGCCACACUGCUCACAUUGCCUGCAAGUUCAAGGAGCUUUUGGAGAAGCUCGACCGUCGUACCGGAAAGAAGCUUGAGGACGCUCCCAAGUGUCUGAAGUCAAGUGACGCCUGUAUUGCGGAGCUUGUCCCCCAGAAGGCAAUGUGUGUUGAAGCCUUCAAUGACUACGCUCCACUUGGUCGUUUUGCUGUCCGUGACAUGCGUCAAACCGUCGCUGUUGGCGUCAUCAAGUCUAUCAAGAAAAGUGAAAAAUCCGGCAAGAUGACAAAGGCUGCCCAGAAGGCCACCAAGAAAUGAAAUGAAUUUGACACCCUACAAGGACAUCAGGCCCGCUCCAUCAUAACUAGCUUUUGUUUUGCCUCAUCUGAUUUAGAUGAUAGUUUGUCCAAGAAGGCCAAAAUCAAAGACAAAGUUCACAGAAAAACGUUGAGAAUUCAAAUGAAGUCUAUUUUGAAUGACCCACAGCACAGCAUUUACUGGACUGUAAAACUUCUUACCAAAAAAAUCCAUCGAAAAGAAGUGAGAAGGAAAAAAAAUUGAUGCUGUAGGUAAUGGCAUUAAUAAAAAAAAUUAUUUAAAAUA